AGAAAGCAAUAGCGGCCACAUGGGAAGACCGAACCGAUAUACAUGUAACUGACAAUCCUUCUAAAUCCCCCAAUUCAGACUCGAUUCCACAUUUUCCUUUUCUUUUCCAUGUUAAUCCAUAAUUCCAUAUUCCCGUUAAGGCGUCGCACCGAACAACAAUCAACAAAUCAACAAUCAACAAUCAACAAUCAAAACGUUUUCCCCGAUGCGCCAAUUCUUACUUUAAUAAGGUUCUUAUGUUCUUAUGUUCUUAUGUUCUUAUGUUCUUAUGUUCUUAUGUUCUUAUGUUCUUAUGUUCUUAUGUUCUUAUGUUCUUAUGUUCUUAUGCCGGACUGAGUCAACUGACCGACUCUUCCCUUUGUUUUCCCUGCUUUUUUCUCUUUAUCCUCGCCUUCCCACUCUUUCUUCUAUUGUUUCUAGACUCUUCCUUUCCCUCUCGUAUGUAGUUCCGCUUCCGCCUAUUCGCACCUAUCAUAUCUCCACCGAACCUCGGCCAUGCGACAUGACAUGGCUUAUAAAUCAAUUUUUUUUCUCUUCUUUUUUUUUUCUUCGUCUCGUGCUUCGGUAGAGUAGUUCACGAGCCGUGAUGCAUACAUAACUAACCGUGUUCGUUUUCGUUUAAUGCAGAGUAGCUGUUGUUAUUACUCAUUCGGCAUCCAUGCAGAGAGUUGCGGCAUUUCGUAUCACGUACAACUAACAUCAUGAAGAAUUUUAAUGCCGAUCGUAGUAGAUCCUACAACUCCAUUUGACACUCCCAAUCUCGUCACUCUGACCGCAGGACGACUAAUCGUUUCCGUGUUGGAUGGUGUAAACCGAAGUUGAACCGUACAUCGUCCAGUCCGAAAUUGCUGGUCUUCUGUCACACCUUCAUCUUGAUUUUUCUUCACCUUUUAUUAAAUUAAUUUGGGUGUGUAGUUUAGACAAGAAUUUAAAUCAUAUUUGUUUAGAAUAUUUGAUAUUAUUGUUCAAGCUUCUCGAUAUUUUAAUUAGCCAGCUUUUAAGACCCGACAAAUAUGGCACAUCUUCAAUUGUUCUUUGUUGAACACUCUACAUCUCAAUCGGGCAAUCAAGAACCUCCUCAAAGCCUCGUUUGAGCAUGCGGCUCUUUCGUAGUGCUAUAAUAUACGUCGAAUUAAGCUUUUGGUUGCAUUGCCACAGUUCUAGUGACCCAUCCCCAAUCUUGGCUACGUAUUACUGUAUCGAACCCAGAUCGGCACCCUAGAUGCGAGAUAUCCCGCUGCAAGAUGGGCGUAGGCCGCGUGGCAAGUAGAGGGAACUGCCGAGAGGCUUAGAGAGGCUUAGCUAACAAGGUAGAGGGGGGGUCUCGAGCCAGUUUCCAGAAUACGCGGAAGGGGAGAGCGACGAUGGGUUUCCAUUGGAAGAUACAGUCAAGUUUUGAUAACAUGCCG